GACACUAAGGGUCUUGAAUAACCAUGAGCAACCCUUUUGUACGGAUUGUGGAGCCCCUGGACCCGAAACAGCCUCUGAAGAAGUUCUUUAAUCUGAGCAAGUUGGAAGAUGUGAGAUACGCACGCCUACCAUUUUCUAUUCGAGUCCUCUUGGAAGCAGCGAUCCGUAACUGUGAUGAGUUCCUAGUGAAGAAGGAAGAUGUUGAGAAUAUUCUCAACUGGAAAGUGGUGCAACACAAGAAUGUUGAAGUUCCAUUUAAGCCUGCAAGAGUUAUUCUACAAGACUUCACCGGGGUACCUGCUGUGGUUGACUUUGCUGCGAUGCGUGAUGCUGUGAAGAAACUUGGUGGGGACCCUGAAAAAAUCAAUCCUAUUUGUCCUGCUGAUCUAGUGAUAGAUCAUUCCAUCCAGGUUGAUUUUAACAGGCGAUCAGACAGCUUGCAAAAAAAUCAGGACCUGGAAUUUGAAAGGAACAAAGAAAGGUUUGAAUUCUUAAAGUGGGGCUCUCAGGCUUUUAAAAACAUGAGGAUUAUUCCGCCAGGCUCUGGGAUCAUCCACCAAGUGAACUUGGAGUACUUGGCAAGAGUGGUGAUGGAUCAGGAUGGCUACUACUAUCCAGACAGUGUGGUGGGCACUGACUCGCACACCACCAUGAUAGACGGCUUGGGAGUGCUUGGCUGGGGUGUUGGUGGCAUUGAAGCAGAAGCAGUGAUGUUGGGCCAGCCGAUCAGCAUGGUGCUUCCUGAAGUGGUUGGCUAUAAGCUGCUAGGAAACCCUCAGCCACUGGUAACAUCCACUGACAUUGUGCUCACCAUUACCAAGCACCUUCGCCAAGUCGGAGUCGUGGGUAAAUUCGUCGAGUUUUUUGGUCCUGGUGUAGCCCAGCUGUCAAUUGCUGACCGAGCCACCAUUGCCAAUAUGUGUCCAGAGUAUGGAGCAACAGCUGCCUAUUUUCCAGUGGAUGAUAUUAGCAUUGGGUACCUGAUACAAACCGGCCGUGAUAAAGAGAAAGUGUUGUGCACAAAAAAGUACCUCGAGGCUGUGGGAAUGCUAAGAGAUUUCAAGAACUCCUCUCAGGAUCCAGACUUCACACAGGUUGUUGAGUUGGAUCUCCAUACUGUUGUGCCUUGCUGCAGUGGACCAAAAAGACCUCAGGACAAAGUUGCUGUGUCAGAUAUGAAGAAUGACUUUGAGACUUGUCUGGGAGCCAAGCAAGGAUUCAAGGGAUUCCAAAUUGCCCCAGACCGACACAACAGCGUAGUCAAAUUUAAUUUUGAGGGCUGUGACUUCGAGCUUGCUCAUGGUUCAGUAGUGAUUGCUGCCAUUACAAGCUGUACAAACACCAGUAACCCUUCAGUUAUGUUGGGAGCAGGAUUGCUUGCUAAGAAAGCUGUUGAAGCUGGUUUGACAGUGAAGCCAUACAUUAAAACUAGCCUGUCCCCAGGAAGCGGGGUUGUCACUUACUAUCUGAGGGAGAGUGGAGUUAUGAGUUACCUUUCCCAACUAGGGUUUGAUGUGGUGGGUUAUGGCUGUAUGACAUGUAUUGGUAAUAGUGGACCCCUACCAGAGUCUGUUGUUGAGGCCAUUACACAGGGAGACCUUGUCGCGGUGGGUGUGUUGUCUGGCAAUAGGAAUUUCGAAGGGCGUGUCCAUCCCAACACCCGUGCUAACUACCUAGCCUCUCCGCCACUGGUAAUAGCCUAUGCAAUUGCAGGGACUAUCAGGAUUGACUUCGAGAAAGAGCCUUUGGGAAUAAAUGCUUCGGGAAAGAAGAUUUUCCUGAAAGAUAUCUGGCCAACAAGAAACGAGAUUCAGGCUGUUGAGCGUCAGUUUGUUAUUCCUGGGAUGUUCAAGGAGGUCUACCAAAAAAUAGAGACUGUAAACAAAUCUUGGAAUGCCUUAGAUUCUCCUUCAGAUAAACUAUAUACUUGGAAUCCCAAGUCAACUUACAUCAAGUCUCCACCUUUCUUUGAUGGUCUGACUUUGGCUCUUCAGACCCCGAAAACAAUAGAAAAUGCUUAUGUCUUGUUGAGUUUUGGGGAUUCUGUGACAACCGACCACAUAUCUCCAGCUGGGAAUAUAGCAAGAAAUAGUCCUGCAGCCCGUUACUUGACUAGCAGAGGCUUGACUCCUCGAGAGUUCAAUUCUUAUGGCUCCCGCAGAGGGAACGAUGCUGUCAUGGCCAGAGGAACAUUUGCAAACAUUCGCUUGGUGAACAAAUUUAUUGAUAAACAAGGACCUCAGACUGUCCAUUUCCCUUCUGGGGAAACUCUGGAUGUGUUUGAUGCUGCAGAAAGAUAUAAGCAGGAUGGCCAUCCCCUGAUUGUGCUGGCUGGGAAGGAAUAUGGUGCGGGAAGUUCCAGAGACUGGGCAGCUAAAGGACCAUUCCUCUUGGGUGUCAAGGCUGUGCUUGCUGAAAGCUAUGAGAGAAUUCAUCGAAGCAACCUAGUAGGGAUGGGAGUGAUUCCUCUGCAGUAUUUACCUGGAGAGGAUGCAGGAACUUUAGGACUCACUGGACGGGAGCGUUACACCAUUAUCAUUCCUGAAAAACUAAAACCGCAAAUGAAGAUCCAGAUUAAGCUGGAUACUGGGAAAACCUUUCAAGCCAUCAUGAGAUUUGACACUGAUGUGGAGCUUACUUACUUCCACAACGGCGGCAUUCUGAACUACAUGAUCCGUAAAAUGGCAUCCUAAUCAAAAACAUUAAGCAAAAACAUCCAGGUACAAGCCUGCUUCUGGUGAGCGCAAUAAAACUGUGGUAAUCAUAAAUUUGAAAGCGUGAACCGUAAAGUGAA